AUGAUGGCAUCCAUUGGGCUUGUGGGUCAGCAUUUCCUGAAGUUUCCUGGCUUCGAAAAUUCACCAGCUGGUUUCUCCAUCAUGGGCAGGGGAGAAGGUGUGCUUGGCUUCUUCGCCAUCUUCCUUGUCUCCGGGCUUUUGGAGCUGGCAUGGAGGGAGGACCCAAGCGGUGAGAAGGAGCCUGGCAACUAUGGCGACCCCUUUGGAGUUCAGAUGUACAAUGAUGAAAUGAGAAUGAAGGAACUAAACAACGGUCGUAUGGCCAUGAUCUCUGUGCUUGGAAUUUUCGCGGCAGAAUGUGCCACAGGCAAAGAUGCAAUGCAGCAGUUUGGUCUUCCAGCACUGGGUGGCGGUAGGUUUGCAUCCUCUUCUUCACGCACCAGCUUCACAGGAAAGACAUCCUUGCGAGCGAAUGCUCAACAGUCUGUGAUGCGACGGGCUGAAGCAGUUGUGGCAGAGGAUGUGCCCCCACCGCCAUUCCAGCCAUCAGAGCAGUUUGGUGCGACCGCGCCAUUGGGAUUUUUCGAUCCCUUGGGCUCCUCGGUAUUGGAUGAAUGUCACAGAAAGGAGUCUCUCAGCUUGUGCUGGGUCACUCCGACAAGUUCAAGCUUUUUCGAUCCCUUGGGCUUUACUGCCGUCGGAGAUGAGAAAGGCUUCCGGAAGUUGCGAGUCUCUGAAAUCAAGCAUGGACGAGUAGCAAUGAUGGCAUCCAUUGGGCUUGUGGGUCAGCAUUUCCUGAAGUUUCCUGGCUUCGAAAAUUCACCAGCUGGUUUCUCCAUCAUGGGCAGGGGAGAAGGUGUGCUUGGCUUCUUCGCCAUCUUCCUUGUCUCCGGGCUUUUGGAGCUGGCAUGGAGGGAGGACCCAAGCGGUGAGAAGGAGCCUGGCAACUAUGGCGACCCCUUUGGAGUUCAGAUGUACAAUGAUGAAAUGAGAAUGAAGGAACUAAACAACGGUCGUAUGGCCAUGAUCUCUGUGCUUGGAAUUUUCGCGGCAGAAUGUGCCACAGGCAAAGAUGCAAUGCAGCAGUUUGGUCUUCCAGCACUGGGUGGCGGUAGGUUUGCAUCCUCUUCUUCACGCACCAGCUUCACAGGAAAGACAUCCUUGCGAGCGAAUGCUCAACAGUCUGUGAUGCGACGGGCUGAAGCAGUUGUGGCAGAGGAUGUGCCCCCACCGCCAUUCCAGCCAUCAGAGCAGUUUGGUGCGACCGCGCCAUUGGGAUUUUUCGAUCCCUUGGGCUCCUCGGCAUCUAAGCAACAGUCUCUAGCAAGCGUUCCGAGGGUGAAAGAGACUGUUGGGAUGAGUCGGCGCUUGCAGUGUGCUUGUCACGAAUCAGAGCGCUUCCUGUGUGGAAACGAAUACUGUCACUUGUUGACAUUGAUGCUUUUGCUUGUGUGCAAUUUUGUCUAUGGUUUGAGCCCAUGCAUGCUUGCAAUUUUGGUUGCUUUCAGUGUCAGUUUGUAUCGCGCAAAACACUGCAAUCGCAAAGCAUAUCUCAUCCCUUGUCGUCGGGUGGGAAGAACCAGAGUACCCAUGGUGCGGAAACGAAGAUGUCGAAACAGGAAGUCCUUGAAGACUACCAGCUUUGUGGCAUGUUGCAACCUUUGUUUUUCGAUCUUUUUUGAGCGUGGUAACAUCAGAACCUUCCUGAGCUCAGUGUUUACUCAUGGUCUUACUUCAAUGCAACUGAUGUUGGAACAUCGCAUUUUCUUGGUGGUUCACCUCUCCAUGUUUUGUCUCUUCACUUUCUGUGUUUGGCAUAUCUCGAAGCAUAUGAGAAAUCGACUCAUGCACGCCUUGUGUGGAAAUGGAAAGAAUCAAGGCCGUGGACAGAAUGCAGGGCGACAGAAUUUCAAAGGAAAAGGUCGUGGCAAGCACGCACAAGAACCUUCUCAACCAUCGAAUCCUUUGACAACUCUCCAAGUGGAACAACAGAUUCUUCAAGAUGCGGCUGAAAGACAAUAUAAAGCAAAGGUCCGCGAAGCCCUUCCGGAAGCAGCUUGGAUCAAAAAUGCCGCAGUCCUGGUACCAGGUGAGUGGACGGCGCGUGCAUGCCAUCCUCAUGAGUUGACGGCAGCCGGAGGUGUCAGCUAUGUUGGAAAGGAAUUGGUUCCUGAUGUUUUACGUCGCAUAGGGUAUACACAAGCACCAUGCGCCAUAGUCACCACGCAGCCGGCAAAGGAGUUGGGGAUUCCCUAUCCCAGUGUCGAUGUCAGAUGCUCUUUAGAAGUCUCAAAUCAAGAAGGAUCCAGGGAAAUCGUUGAAGUCAACAAGUUUUUAACACAGAUAGGAUACGGAAGUCCCGUAGAGUUGGCCACAACAGGACCUUGCAUCGUAGCUCCGAGAACCAUGCACAAAUGUGUUGCCAGAUUCGAUCUUCCAACAGGACUCCCAGAAGGUGAACUCACUGGAAGAAUCGUUGCUGAAGCCGUCAGCAAGCAUAUCAAUCCAGCAUAUUUCGUUGAUGUGAAUGCCAGACAGGACAAUACGGCUACGUUGAUGGUCCAAGAUGUAGCCGUACAUGAUUUGCUCAGAGCGAGCGGGCAGGAUCAUGUUUACUUUCGUUUGCAUUCAACUGACCCAGAUGCUGAUACGCUUGAGAUCAUUUGGCUUCCUGAACAAAUCCCGCACAGUGAUGCUUUGCAACUCGUGGCAAAAGAAAAGACUUUUGGACUGGCUCUCAAACGGGGUGCCAAUGGUCCCCGAUAUGGUCUCCGUUUCAAUACAACUGAAGCUAUGAACGCAUAUGCAGUCAAAUACAGCAAGGGUGAGAAGCACAAAUGGGGUCGUUUCCGAGCCAGCAACAUCCCGUCCUCCGUUGGAUUGCGGGGACUACAUGAUAUGCUAUCACCCCUAGGAUGGACAAUUGAAGAGAUCGAAUUUUUCGGAGACACAGGAGCCGUGUUUUUGGCCAGUGGAAGAGGUGAACACGAUCAAAUGCACUUUGUCGAUCACAACAAGAGGAAGAUUCCGGUCAUGAUCAAAGCACUGAAUUCACGUGCCAGAGAUAUGACCAAAGAUCAUGCCCAAGCCGCUGCAGCCAAGGCCAAAACAGCCCCCAAACCUGCCGCAUCUGCAUCCGGGAAUGAGCGAGCUCAAGUUCAAAAAGCUCUAUUUACCAAAAGAUCAGAUCCUGGCAAGACUGGAGAGACACCACCCCCGAAGCAAGCCAAACCGGGGGAGCUUUCAGAAUCAGAAUAUCUUCAGGAAAUCACGUCCUUUGGUCAGUGGCACAAUGCUGCACAGAACGAUCGCACACCCACGUGCUUAAUUGGUCGGGCUUAUGCAGAUGACAUCAGCGGUGAAGGUUCAGCCGAAGAUCCAGCGGAACUCUUGCAACAGACCAAAAAUUUCCAUGACAUUGUUACAUCAUAUCAGCAGUGUGGACUUGGAGAUAUCAGCAUGAAGAAAGCUUUCACCUUCGGUGACCAAUCACUGCGACAAGCCGUCGUUGCAGAUGGCACGGGCCAUCCAGGUCUACAGCUCACACCAGAGGAAGCAUGGAUGAAACUUGCAGUGCUGCGAAGAAUGCUAGCGGGCGGUUUGCUCACGCAAUCAAGGUUCUACGGAGAGGAUAACGAUCCACCACCGAAUGACCCAGAUGUCGGUGUAAGCAGUGAUAAUCCUGUAUUGGAUGAAUGUCACAGAAAGGAGUCUCUCAGCUUGUGCUGGGUCACUCCGACAAGUUCAAGCUUUUUCGAUCCCUUGGGCUUUACUGCCGUCGGAGAUGAGAAAGGCUUCCGGAAGUUGCGAGUCUCUGAAAUCAAGCAUGGACGAGUAGCAAUGAUGGCAUCCAUUGGGCUUGUGGGUCAGCAUUUCCUGAAGUUUCCUGGCUUCGAAAAUUCACCAGCUGGUUUCUCCAUCAUGGGCAGGGGAGAAGGUGUGCUUGGCUUCUUCGCCAUCUUCCUUGUGUCCGGGCUUUUGGAGCUGGCAUGGAGGGAGGACCCAAGCGGUGAGAAGGAGCCUGGCAACUAUGGCGACCCCUUUGGAGUUCAGAUGUACAAUGAUGAAAUGAGAAUGAAGGAGCUAAACAACGGUCGUAUGGCCAUGAUCUCUGUGCUUGGAAUUUUUGCGGCAGAAUGUGCCACAGGCAAAGAUGCGAUUGAGCAGUUUGGCAAAGGAACUGAUGGCAAAGAUGGGAAAGUGGAUGCAGAGCUUGAUAUGUCAGCAGAAGGCCCCAUGCCUGGGGAUUCUGCAGAAACUCUAGACGAUUUGCGCCAGGAAUGCGCAGUACUGAGGCAACGGGUUGUCGGGUUGGAAGCAGAAAACACUGAACUUCAAGCCUUGGUCAAAGAGUGGCGCAUGUGGUAUGCGCAGUGUUACAAGCCACAGAUCGAGUUUUUGGAUGCAGAGAUCGCUCGCAUGGUCACCAUGGCACCCACCUGCCGGCGAUUGGCUUCCACCGCUGUCCAGGAACCUGAACCUGGUACCGAACGGGGCGUCAUGCCAAAGAUGUCGACGCCACCGAUGGUGGGCGGCUCAUCGCCCAAGGGCAAGUGA